AUGCGUUCAUUCGCCGUAAGCAUCGCGCUGCUUUCCUUCCUCGCGGCAGGAUCGCUUGCCCAGAACAACGGUAUCACACCUGUGACAUGCCAGUCAGAGACAGUCAACUGUGACUCAUCCGCAGACUGUGAAGCAAAGGGCAAGCUUGGCGGAUUUCCCUGCCCUGCUGGGUCCGGCCAAAACGAUGCCGACUGCUGGAUUGCCUCAAGUUCAGAUCCGAGCGUACAAAUGACAGUGCAGGUAAAUCGGUCUUUCCGAUAA